UACCUACGGCGCCAGGCGUAGAACAGCAAUCGGCUGCCGCGGUCGCGCCCUUGGUGCGGCGCCAGGGCUAAGGGGGGCACGAGGUGCAGCGCUAUGCGCAACUAGGGCAGGCGGCUCGGGCGUCAAAAAGCGCGACGGCCGUGUCGCGUGUCGUAUUUCUCUCGGGCGCCACCAGUCCGGCUGCCGGUGCGGCCAUGGUGCCACACAUUCAGGCUGUGGGUUUGGUGGCGGGAUUGAGGGCGGUUUAGGAGGGGAGGUGGCGCGCGCGCGAUGGUGAUGCGUGGCCGUGUUGCCGGGGGCAAAGCGAAAAAAUUACAUGCAAAACGCGCUUGGUAUCUGUUGACUUUGUUCUUGUAUUCCUUUGCGCUAUUUCCGGAAAAACAACACCUACAUACCACUUCGGCGAACGAUUGCCCAUCAUGGCCAGUACAAUUACGCAGAAACAAGGCGGAAAAAUUCUUGCCGCUCCACCUGCCAUGUCCAACCCUUUUCUGCCUGCGACAAGGACAACCACGACCGGCAAGAGCGUCACUAAAACGGCGGGUAGUUCCACCACCAACACCAUCUCCGGUGACAUGGCCAGUCUGUUUCGGAAAAACCACGAGAAGAACAAGAAAAAGUUAGUUGUGUUGCCCGGAAGACAGGCCUUGCCGAAUUACGCGGAAAAGCAAAAGAAACUGUUCGGCGGAGGUAGUGGAACUACUGGUACUGCGGGGGUCGUGUCCUCGGCGAUGAAUCUCAAAAACACGACCGCGCCUUCUGGCAAGGACAAUUUGCACAGCAAGUUGAGCGACAAUCCGUUUCACCAGCGGCUGCUGGCCCAGCAGGCGCAGCAGGCACAGCAGGCACAGCAGGCACAGCGACAGCAAAGCGGAACAAGCGGAGCAAUGAACAGUAAGACCCAGCAAAAGCAGCUCUUCUCGGGCGGGCAAACUGCUGUUGGCGGAGGUGCACAAGGUGGUUUGUUGCAAAAAAUCACAUCGACUUUGCAGAAGAGCAAGGAAAUGAAGCAAGUAAACCCCGCGAUGAAAAUCAUGCCAACGCAAAGGACGGCGAAGGAGCAGAAGAUGGGCUGGGGCAACAUGAAGUUCGGCGACAAAAUCGGCGCUCCCCCGGGGAAGAAGGAUAUUAAGAGUGGUGGGGAUCAUGGAGGUUCUCCAAGGCAGCAGGAAGGGAACGCCGGGACUAAAAAUGGCGUGAAUAAUAAAGCGCAGAACAACAAACGUGGCGCUGCGACGGGCGGGACUGGCGAUCAUGCAGGAGAUAAUGGGCAGAGUGGUAGUAAAAAGCAGAAGAAAAUUUACGGUACGCAGAGAAUUCCUGGUCUGGAGCCCCAAGAUGGGACGAGCAAUAAUGUUAAGCGUACUAUGCCGCCCCCGCCCCCGCCAAUGAAGUCUAUGCCCCCGCCCAUGAAGUCAAUGAUUAAUGCGCCUUUGUUGAAAAAACUCCCCGAACAAGCCAUGAAACAAAAAGGAGCAGCUUCUUUGUUCACCGCAGCUCCUACUUCGAACAAGAAUUCAUCUCCGACGUCCAAAAACCUCCCCGCAUCAACUGCGCCGCCGCCCUUGGUUCCGCUGCCGAAGGGGGUGAAGUUGGGCUCUGCUCUUUCUUCGCCGAUCCGGGCGCCGAAACACGAAGAUGGCGCGACUGAAGAGAUGAUUGUGGACGUCGGUGAUGAUGUUGGUACUGCAACUACUCCCGAUGGUAGUACAACCGUUCCGACCAACAACCCAUUUCUCCAACCAGAUCCGCUCAUGGCCCUACUGGGGUUUGAAGAUCAUGCGGUGAAUGAUAAUAAACCCACAACAAGCGCCGGCGGAGGUGCACCGGCGGCGACCAGCACGACUGGUCCAUCGAAGAUGAAUAUCAAGAGUAACAACACCGUUGGCAACAGCACAACUAAAGCCACUGAUAAUUCUACUGCUAGUACAACACAGACGACCGGGACGACCCACAAGCUCCGGCCCCUGCCCCAGUCUGUGCAAGCCGGGGCUCUGAUUGAAACGCCGAAAGCGAAGCCGGCCGUGCUGGCGUCUACUGUGGCGUUAAACAAUCCGUUUGCGACUAGUCUGGACGUCGGGAGUUUAUUUUCGGGUGUGACGAAGGCGAGUACGAGCGGCGCCGGAACUUCUACCACCGGUGGAAACAACAUUGCCGCGAAUAAAAAAGUGAUGAAGUCGAAUAAUAAGAACAAGAAUGGUGCGAUGAUCUCCCAAGGACAUAACGGAGCUUUACCUGCUGGGAAUUAUGGGAGUAGAAUAUGCUCCGCGUAGCCGAUUCUUGCUCUUCAAUCUCAACACGUUUUUAAUAUUUUUCAGCCUGCUUGUGUGGACGAAGUAGAAGUACAUCAUUAUGUCAAAGUGCAAGACCUGCUACAUUUUUUUUUGGCCUUGUGUCGAUCCUGCAGAUGCAUGAAGAACACGGCGCUGCCGUUACCAGCUGUAAGAAAGAUUGUCAGCAGUUGCAUCUUGCAAAACGAUCAAUCUGGUGGCCUAGUACCAGCAGUUGUGCUCCUAGAAUAAGAACGGCAUCACUACAGGCAGAAAAAAUAUCGUAAAACAAAAGUUGCGACGAUCGAAGUUGUUUUUCCUCUCCACACCCCCCUCCAACCACUUCCCUCUUCCCGUCGCGAGGAUCUUAACUUGCUGCCUGCUUGGCAUAUGCAUUGCAAAUAUGUCUGGGUCUGGGAGGAUCCAAACUUGUCAUGCUAUUUUUGGACUCUAAAAAAAUCUGUGUUGCAUGGCCAGCAAUUGGACUCCAGUUUUUGCCACUCGGACAGGGCAUUUAUCAUGCAGGAUAGGCAUCAAGAAGCACUCAGAAAAUCUGUGAUGCUAACAUACAUCACAGACGUCAUGGGACAUGUAAGGCGUGCAUGACAAAUCGCACAUUCUUCCAGACCCAGACACUUUUGCAGUUCAUAUGGCAGAAAACGAAACUAUCGAAAGCGUUAGCAUAUCUGCUCCGGCACGGGAAGGACAGCGAUAUUGUGCUCGACAGCGACGUAUGAACUGCAAAUGUGUCUGGGUCUGGAAGCCUGUAAACUUGUCAUGCACGUUUUCCAUGACUCCUGAGGUCUGGAAUGCGGAUCCUAGCAUGACAGAGUCUGCGAGGUCUCUGUCAUGCCCAUCCUGCAUGAGCAACUCCCCCCCAACUUGGUCGAAAGUGGACAGCUUUUGGUACUCAUGCAAGACAGAUAUUUGCAUGCUUCGGAUUUAGCAUGACAAGUUGCAAUCUUGCAGACCCAGACAUAUUUGCAAUCCAUACGACGGUUUUGCGGAAGCGACAGACGUAUUAGAAACGAAAGAGUUUAAGAAGACAUUGGGUUUGAAUAACGACGACGAGAAAAAUAAUAUGGCGAAACAAGGAAAAAAGACGAAGGCAAACAAAGGUAGUUGUACCAGUAAGAUGAAUUCUCACCAGGCUAGGGGUAGUGCGGGCAGUGACUUCGGCCUUCGGGUGUUGCGGCACUUGGUAGAAGCAGACAACAAGGGCAGGUUUUUGAUCAAGGAACUACAUGAGACUGAUUUUAGCACCUCCGGCGACAGCACUCCUUCCUUCAAAAUCCGCGCCAACCAGGGCCACAGCGAACAGUAUCAAAUGUAAAAAUGUCUGGGUCUGGAAAUUUGUGAUGCUGUGUGGCAUAUCAUGAGGAGGCCACAAUUACUGGCUCAGCAUGACAAGUUUCUGAGCUUCUAGGUGUUGCCUAUUCUGCAUGACAAACUACGUUUCUGCAUGACAGAAAAGUGGGGCUCUUUCGUAAUGUGCGUGACAGAUUUAAGAGUCAUGCCAGACAAGCAUGACAAACUUGCAUUUUUCAAGACCCAGACAUUUUUGCAAUUGAUAAGCAGCGACAGGUGACGAUUACGGAUAACCGGCAAAUUUUGCCCGAUCAAGAUGAAUUCUCCGGCGAAUUUGACACUGUGAUCCACGUAUGCAAUGCAAAAGCAUCGCACCAGUAUAAAUUGCAUCACAAAUUAGCCCCGCAUUGCAAGUUGAAUUUGUAAUGCUGAGUCACCUUCAGAAAAAGAUUUGUAAUGCAUAAACGCAAUCACUACGAAUACGAUACUUUUGCACAGGAUACCACGGCACGACGUUUGCGAAUUGGGAGAAAAUCAAAGACUCUGGGGAAUUGAGAAAAAUGAACAGAACGCACAUCCACUUUGCGAAAGGGGAACAAGCUUCAUCAUCUGGCGACGUUGCAAGUAAACAAGCUGUAUCGGGAAUUCGGAGUAACGCGGAAGUUUUGCUCUACGUCGACAUAUUCGCCGCGAUGCGCGAGACGGAACUGCGAGAGUUAGCGGGAAUGAGCACGAGUGGUUCACCUGGAGGUGCGUACUGUGGUCUGAAAUUUGAGGAAAGCGCGAACUCUGUAGUUUUGUGUAGCGGUCCGGUGCCCUUGGAGUUUGUGACGAGAGUGGUCGACGCGAAGACUGGGGUGGAGCUGGAGAAGAACGAUGUUGUCUCUUCUGCAGGACCACGGGGCGCUGCUAAUGAACAAGAGAAUCAUUAUCAUAGUAGUAUUGCCGCUUCUGCGCAAGAGAAGAUGAACAUUAAGACCAGCAACAAGCGCGUGGCUCCUUCUCCUGGCGGCACGGAUGAUGAUGAAGGCGAUGAUGAAACAGGAGCGACCUCCUGCAUUGGUCUUGGUGGCAGCAAAAGUCCGGAACUCAAGAAACCAAAAUCAGGACAGAAUUAAAGAUUUUUGCUGUGUGGUGCUCCUGGUGAAAAAUAGAAAUCUUUGUGAGCUACAUCAAACUGAUUGCUUCUACUACUAGUAGAAGUGUACCUCUUCAUCUAGAACUUCACUUCUACGACAGAUUACCUUUACCUAUCUGUCUCGCCGUAAAAAACUGAAUGUCUCGUCGUCCACCAAUUACCAAAUCAUCGAUGACGAGAACAAACCUACUCCGACC